AUGACUGAUCCUGGCCCAGCUACCUUCCCCGACUUCCAAAUUCAGAUCGAAAGCCCAGGCGGCGAGCCGUUUCCUUCCAUCUCUAGCAAGACGCUGGGAUCCGACCAAGACAAAGCGACGCUGUCCAAGCUCAGAAGUCUCUGCCGCAUCCCAAAGAAGUACGCCUUCAGCACGAAUGGCAAAAACGCCCUCUCCGACAGCACUUCUCUCAAGGAUUACAUACAUUUGACCCCUGACAACCUCGCCAACCUGUCGCCCGAAACAAAGUCCACCGAGACGACAGCGGGAGCACCAGCCUCCGAUGCCGGCAAAAAGCCUCAGCCAAAAGGUGUUCCGUUCGUCACUGUUCACCUCGUCUCUACGGUCCUGGCGAAUAAGCCACAGGACAACCUCCCGCAAUCCAAUGUGAUCUCUGACCUCAAAAACCUGCUUGGAAGCGCAGGUAAAGGGGUGGAUGGCGGUCAACUCGGGAACACCGCCGAAUUACUGGGGAAGCUGGAAUCUCUGCAGCAGGAUUACAGAACUGCAGCUAGCUCCAAGGAAUACACGGAACCUGCUGAUUUGACGGAAAUGCAGUGGGAGAAUAUUCUGUUCAAUAACCGGAUUCUGCAUGGAUACACCCAUAUACCAGGAACGGGGCUGUUGGUUAAGGCUCCUAAACGAGAAGCCUUCGCCAUCCGUCGUCCGCUUCAGGCACCCUCUCCAGAUCUCGGGGAAGUAGCAAAAAAUCCAUCGUUGGAGAAGAGUCCUAAAGCACAGGACAAGGCGUCCGACCACUCCAGCGGCGGGAAGAAAGUAGUAAAGGAAUAUUUGAACACCGUCCCAGGUAUUCCUUCUUUCUACGUCGAUGACGACUCCAAAGUCACCGUCACAGAAACCAGGACUGCUUUCCAACGGUCCAUGGCGCGGGAAGGAUUCAGUUCGACCGCUAUUGAAGCGAAUGCGAGCGGGAGCCCCUUCGGCAAAUCGAUCUCUGCGUCUGCAGCACUCGCCGAGGAGAAUUCCUUUAGCAAGAAGAGUCUCACACAAGAAACGGAUUUCACCUUGGAGGUCGCUUACAAGCUGUCCGACGAGUGCGAGGAAGCAAUCAAGAACAUCAAGACCGACUAUGACAAGGUCCAAUUCAUCAAUGACUACGGCGACGCAUUUCCAACGAAAGUCGUACUAGGCGGUUUCCUGCGCAGCAGCCGCCAAGUCCGAGUCAAAACCGACGAGCAACUCGAGGCAGCCAAAGAGGAAACCAAGAAGGCCGCGGGUCUCAGUUUCGCAUCGCCCCAAGUGAGUUUUGGGAUGAACUAUGCUAAAACCACCAGCGAUACCACAACGACUGGCCACGGUCAGACGAUCGGAAAUGCCGCCUUGACGUGGGAGGCUCGCGGAGGAGAUACCGUGCUCUGUUCCAACCCAUCGGCGUGGGCCUCAACCGUAAAAGAUUACCGGUACUGGCGAAUCACCGAGCAAUCGCAAACCGUGUCCCUCGUUCGCAUCAUCGACGGCAUCGAUCCCAACAUGGCGCACAAGGUGGAAUUCCCCAAUCAGAACGAUAAGAUUCCAGACAAUGGGGAGAUUCCUGAAUCAGAGCUCAUCGACAAGGCGACCAAUCUGCUCAUGGGACCCCCAAGCUCGAUCCCAAUGCAAAUCGUCAACAAGGCCUAUCAGUCUGAUGCUGACAAGAAGGGAUAUAAUGCGUGGCUGAAGAAGGAACAAUCCGCUGACUAUGAUCUCCUGGAGAUUAAGAACGCGGCCACCGGGUGGGAGAAACUGAGUCAGGAGCAGAGGAUCUACUAUAUUAUUUAUGUCUACAAGGAGAAGGACCGGAAGGUUUUCUCUUGA